UGGUGGUGCUCCAUCGAUCCAACCUUGUUUAUGUGCACAUACACAACACACACACAUUCUUGUUUUCUUUCUUUCUUUCUCUCUCAAUUAGAACCGGAUCAAUAUAUAUAAAACUGACAUUUUUAGAAAAGAAAAGAUGGGAAGGCAACCAUGUUGUGACAAAGUUGGGUUGAAGAAGGGACCAUGGACAGCAGAAGAGGACAAGAAGCUCAUAAGCUUCCUCCUCACUAAUGGCCAAUGUUGUUGGAGAGCUGUGCCUAAGCUUGCAGGGCUAUUAAGAUGUGGAAAAAGUUGCAGGUUAAGGUGGACAAAUUAUCUUAGGCCAGACUUAAAGAGAGGCCUUCUUUCAGAUUACGAGGAGAAAAUGGUCAUUGACCUUCAUGCUCAACUAGGAAACAGAUGGUCGAAAAUUGCUUCUCAUCUGCCAGGAAGAACAGAUAAUGAGAUUAAAAACCAUUGGAACACUCACAUUAAGAAAAAGCUGAAGAAAAUGGGCAUUGACCCUGUUACUCACAAGCCACUCUCCAAUAAUCAACAAAUUCAAGAACAGAGCAACCAAACACCUCCUCACAAUGUUGACUUUGACCCCAACCAUGAUGAACUACCUAAAACUCAAGACCAAAACAAUCCCAAAGAGGAAGAGAAACCAGAUACUACUACUGAGUCCAAAGAAAGAGAAGAGAAAAUGGUUAUGAUGAUGCCACCACCCUUAAUUGAUGACACAAUAAUAAUGGAUGAUGAGAUUAUUAUAAUGAAUGAUAUCAAUGGGUUCUGCACUGAUGAGGUACCAAUAAUAGAACCACAUGAGAUUCUUGUUCCUUCUUCUGAUCCUUCCCCUUCGUCUUCGUCUUCAUCUUCGUCCUCGUCCUCGUCUUCUUCUUCUUUUAGUUCAAGUAAUAACUUCCUUGAAGACCUUCAGCUCCCAGAUUUUGAAUGGUGUUGUAACAAUGAUCAUAAUGAUAUUAUUAUUAACGACGACAAUAAUGUGGCUUCGUGGAAUGAUGAUGAUUUUAUUAACUGCUUGAACUCGCUGAUAAAUGAUGAUAAUGAUGAUCAUGAUCAUGAUCAUGAUAAUGGUGAAAGUAGCAAGCAGCAACAACUAGUGUUUGAUGAUAAUGCUCCUUCUUCUCCACUUUCUCAGUACUCAAACAUGGUCAUGGAUUAUUCAGAAUCUUCUUGGCCAUAUGGCUUCUUUUGAUUUUAUUCAAUAACAAACAAUUAUAUCUUACUUACAUGUACUCAC